CUAUAUAUAAGUGCUAAAAGUGCAAAAAUGCAAAACCCCAUUAACGCUACAACUGUUGAAAAUGAGGAAGAGGAGCAGCCAUGCCCUACUUGCCACAUGGUUGCCAAUCCUGACUCGCAGUUCUGGAUUUGCUGUGAUGAAUGUAAUACAUGGUACCACGAUGUGUGUGAAGGACUUACAUCGAUGGUAACUAGUGACACCUAUAUUUGCCUAAGUUGUCGCAAGAAGCAUGUGCAGGCCCCAGGUGUUGUUUCGCCCCAAAUGUAAGCGAAGAUUCCAGAUGAAGAAUAAGUGGUGUCUUCACUACUGUGGAUGGUCAGUGUU